CUCACAAACACACACCAACCUAACACCAACCAACGCUCGACGGCCCACCAUGGUGCUCGAGGCGACGAUGCUUGUCCUCGACAACUCCGAGUGGAUGAGGAACGGCGACUACACACCUUCUCGCUGGGAGGCGCAGUCGGACGCUGUCAACAUCGUCUUUGAGGCAAAGAGUCAGUCGCACCCGGACAGCGCAGUUGGCGUCAUGACGAUGGCUGGGAAAGGGCCUCAGGUUCUCUCUACGCUCACAAAGGACCUUGGCAAGGUCGUUGCAGCCAUGCACGCCACGCAGAUCUCUGGCGCCGCCGAUCUGGUCAGCGGCAUCAAUGUCGCCCAGCUGGCGCUCAAGCACCGCCAGGACAAGAACCAGCGGCAGCGCAUCAUUGUCUUCAACGGCUCCCCCAUCUCGGACAACGAGGAGGGCCUGGUCCGGCUGGCAAAGCGGCUCAAGAAGAACAAUGUCGCCGUUGACGUCGUCAGUUUUGGCGAGGAUGAGGAAAAUGACUCGAAGCUGAGGUCCUUUGUCGAAACGGUCAACAGCGGAGAAAAUUCACAUCUCCUGACCAUCCCUGCUGGACCCAGGUUGCUGUCGGACAUCAUCCUCGACUCGCCGAUCCUCAUGGGCGAGGCCGGUGACGGAGCUGGGCCGUCAGGAAGCGGUGGCGGCGAGGGCGGUGGUGGAAACAGCUUUGAGUUCGGCGUCGACCCAAGCAUGGACCCAGAGCUGGCCAUGGCGCUUCGUAUGUCGCUCGAAGAGGAGCAGGCACGGCAGCGAGCGAGCGAGGACGCUGCGCCUGCGGUGGCGGCGGGUGCUCCGGCAGCGACGACGACGAGCAGCGGACCGGCCCAAGUGGAGCCGGCACCAGGUGCCGCGGCCGUCGACGAGUCCGAGGACGCCAUGUUGCAGCAGGCUCUGGCGCUCUCGCAGCAGCAAAAGGGCUCCGGUC